GUUUAUAUGAAGCCCAGGACGCGCAUUUUACUGUUGUCCUUGGGGAUAUGUGACCAAUCUAGCACACGAUUCACCGAUCUACCUCUGGGCAGCCAAUACAGCCUACGUUGCUGCCUACCUUUUGCACCAAUUGCCUGUAUGCCUCAAGGACAGGAAGAGGCAAAGCGACGUCAUACAACAACGGGUAGGGCUGAUGUACCCCACGUCCGUCUUUCUCCCUUCCAGAAAGGCGCCACACGCGCCCUGCGCGCCUCCGACCAAAAUCUGACAUGUGUGAAUAAGCAAGAGUGAUUAAAAAUGCGGAUUCGAUCACCAAAAGCAGCCCGUAUCACGCGGACAUACACAUUGCUGGGCGACGAGACAGGCUCAUCCAGCCUUGUCGCAUUAUUAAUCCAAUACCAUAGAGUUGCGUCUCUUGUUAUCUUUGAGCUCCAGUUCUGCGCGAAGCAACCACCAGUAUCAAUGACCACAUUGGGACACCGCUUCCCUUAUUCCCGCUGACAGCAGCGCAAAUCUCAUUUUUAGAGCCUCAAGCUCCCCU